UUAGGCAACACUGUAGUUGACUUAGUAGUGACGUUUUAUGAAGGUUUUCGUAGUUGUUUUUUAUUACAAAUUCUAGUCGAAGAAAUUGAUCUUUAUUGUUUAGACAUGACAAUUCUUUCAAAGAAAAAGUCUUUGCAAGGAAAGCAAGAGGUUGAAGCGACAGAGGCUACUGCUCACCAUGGGGGAAAUAUUUCUAUCCCUUUAGGUUCCAUACCCAAUCAUUCUCAGAUUCCAGAUAGAUCCAGAGAUGAAAGGCUUAGUUCUCCUCAGUUGAUGAACUGGCCACCUGACAACGACAAUGAUUAUGAAGGAAUAGAUUCUGGACCAAGUCAUAGUAAGCGACGUCUCAGGGCAAGUCCUCUAAGAUCUGCUCGAACUACAAUUCAUUGGGAUGUAAAUACUAGUUCACCUAAACACACAUCCCCAUCCUGUUCAACAGAUAAUGAUCACCCAGGUCCAUCAAAUUCAGAAGCAUGUGGUUACAAUAGUGGUGAUGAGUAUGAUUUUAGUCACAAGACUAAACGUACUGAAGCUCAGUGGAUUGAGGAAGAUCGUAAUUUUGAGAAGAAAAUGCGUAAACGUGGAUUUCUUGUUAAAAAAAUGGGUGAAGAUGGAGCCUGCUUGUUCCGGGCUGUAGCUGAUCAAGUUUAUGGGGACCAAGACAUGCAUGGUGUUGUUCGUAAACAUUGCAUGGAUUAUAUUGCUUUAAACAGUGACUACUUUUCUCAAUAUGUCACAGAAGACUUUGAUACAUAUGUGAACAGAAAAAGGCUUGACUGCACACAUGGAAAUCAUAUCGAAAUGCAAGCUAUGAGUGAAAUGUAUAACAGAACUAUUGAAGUGUUUUGUUAUGGAAAAGAUCCAAUCAACAUCUUUCAUGGUGUGCAUCAGUCUGAUAAUGAACCUAUACGCCUAUCUUAUCAGAGAGGUAGUCACUACAAUAGCAUUGUUGAUCCCCACAAAGCAACUAUUGGUGUUGGCCUGGGACUUCCGAGUUUCAAUCCUGGAUCAGCUGAAAAAAAUUUGUUGAAUGAUGCAAUAAGGCAGAGUGAAGAAUUACAGAUAGAACAGGCCAUGUUGGAGGAUAAAUUAAGAGCCACUGAUUGGGAGGCAACAAAUGAAGCAAUUGAGGAACAGGUGGCUAGGGAUAGUUACCUUCAGUACUUAAGAGACAACGAAAAAAGGGAAAAAGAAAAGGAAAGGGAAAGAGAAAUUGGAACAUCCAGUACUGCUGCUGUAAAUGAUAAUAAGAGUAAUCCAAAACCUUCCUGUACUGAACAUUGUGAAAGUGAAGAUAAAGUUUCAUUACAAAUUGUGGAUCCUUCUUCAUCUUACCUGUCACCACAAUUAUUUGGUUUAGCAGAUUGGGAAGAUGCUGGACUUUUAGCUGAGGUGUUAGCAGUCUCACAACAAGAAUAUUUAGAUAACUUAAAGAAAUCUCGCAGCCUGAAUGGAACACCAAAUGACUCUCAUGAUUGUGAAGCUAACCUUGAAAAGCCAUCUACCUCUCAGUAAUGAGUGUUUCCAAAUUUUAAAAAAUAUUGUGAUUCUAAAUAUUUAGUUCAAUUGUUUAUUUGAUGAAUUAAAAUUAAAUAUUAUUUGUUUUAAAUUGUUUUUCUAUAAAUUGAAAUUAUUUUUUGUUUUGUAUGUUGUAGUUGAUAUUAUAGUUAGAUUAUUUUUUCUUUAUUUAUGGAAUUCUCUGAAUUCAUUAUUCUAUUUGUCACCCAAAUGUUGGUGACUAAUAUUUAUGAAACUGUGAUAAUUGCAUUUGGGUAAACAAAAGUUGUUUUUGUUCUAUUGCCCCUUUUUACUUUUUUUUAAAUAUAUAUAUGUGUGUUUGUUUGCUAGUGAUGGGCAAAAAUGCUCUUACCAUGGAUCAUAUUGUGCAUCUUUAGUCUUCUUUAUACUUUUAAUCAGUUCAUGAGCAGUUCGCCCAUCUCUGGCUGGUGCACAUACACUUAUUUUUUUAGUUUCACUUCCUUAUUUUUAAAAUAUUAGAAAAUUGAAACUAUAUACAGUUAAACUAAGAUAAGUAGAGUAACUGUUGUCUGAAUUAAUAUUGUAUGAAUUUGUUGUUCCUUUAUUUCAUUAAUGCAUUAGACCUCUGAGCUAAAUAGCUUCAUCAUUUUUUAUUAAAAUAUAAAAGUAUAUUAAUUAUUGCAUACUUUUUGGUCUAAGUUUCA